CCCCCCGCGCGGCGCUCCCUGCCAAGCCCAUGAUGUAAUGGUGUAUGUUAAUCAGGAGCAUGUGGAGCGCUCCGGCUGGGGCGGCUCAGUCCUCCCAGCGCCGACCCGGGAGACGGCGGUGGCGGCGGCGGCGGCCGGGACUCGCAGCGCCGCUCUCUCCCAGCGCCGCCCGCCCCGACGGCAUGGCCCGCAGCCCGGGCUCCGGGCGCCCCCAGCCCCGCUGACCGCCGCCGCGGGCCCGGACCGCGGGGGCCCCAGCCGCCGGCAUGAGCCGCGCCGAGUGGUGAUCGCCGCUCGGGAAUGCGGGUGUAAAGGGUCCGAGCUGCCGCCCAGCGGGAAAGAGACCCCGGGACGGACGCCGGAAACCACCAUCCCGAAGCCGUGAGAAGGGGAGGGGAAGAGCGCAUUCUUCAUUCAGUUGGUGUGCCUUGUGGGGAUUUUUUAUUUUUUAAAAUCGUUAUCUUUUUUUAAAAAAAGAAACAUUUCCGCGCUCCUGUCUGUCAUCAUCUCUGGGGAAACCAGCCAGAACCACCACCGGGACGUAACUGAAAGCAGACGAGAGAGGCGGCCGCCGAGGCAGUACCUGCAGCGCCCGAGCGCCCAGCCACCUUGGACCCGGGACGCGCUUCGGGCGGGCGGCCGCGGGGCUGCGGCGCCGCCAAACUUUGGGGCGGGCGGGCCGGGCCGGGGCUGCCAGGGGCUUCGUAGACGGAAGGCCGCCCCCUCACCAUGAUGUUUCGCGACCAGGUCGGGGUGCUGGCGGGUUGGUUCAAGGGCUGGAACGAGUGCGAGCAGACUGUUGCGCUGCUGUCGCUGCUCAAGCGCGUGAGCCAGACCCAGGCCCGCUUCCUGCAGCUCUGCCUGGAGCACUCGCUGGCCGACUGCGCCGAGCUGCACGUCCUGGAGGGCGAGGCCAACAGCCCGGGAAUCAUUAACCAAUGGCAACAGGAAUCCAAGGAUAAAGUGAUUUCCCUCCUGUUAACUCACCUGCCUUUGCUGAAGCCAGGAAACCUCGACGCAAAAGUAGAGUAUAUGAAACUGCUGCCCAAGAUCCUGGCGCACUCAAUCGAACACAACCAGCACAUCGAGGAGAGCAGGCAGCUGCUGUCCUAUGCGUUGAUUCAUCCGGCCACCUCGUUGGAAGACCGCAGCGCUUUAGCCAUGUGGCUGAAUCACUUGGAGGACCGCACGUCAACCAGCUUCAGUGGCCAGAGCCGAGGCCGCUCCGACUCUGUGGAUUAUGGGCAGACUCACUACUAUCACCAAAGACAGAACUCCGACGACAAGCUCAAUGGGUGGCAGAACUCUCGGGAUUCUGGGAUUUGCAUCAACGCCUCCAACUGGCAGGACAAAAGUCUGGGGUGCGAGAACGGCCAUGUGCCCCUCUACUCCUCCUCAUCCGUCCCCACCACAAUCAACACAAUCGGAACCAGCACAAGUACAAUUCUCUCAGGCCAGGCACACCACAGCCCUUUGAAACGAUCUGUGUCCCUUACCCCACCCACGAGUGUGCCAAACCAGCCUCUAGGACAUGGAUGGAUGUCUCAUGAGGACUUGCGAGCUAGAGGACCCCAGUGCCUCCCAUCCGAUCAUGCCCCCCUGUCUCCACAAAGCAGUGUAGCCUCUUCAGGAAGUGGUGGGAGUGAACACUUAGAAGAUCAGACCACUGCACGUAACACAUUCCAAGAAGAAGGUAGUGGUAUGAAAGAUGUUCCAGCUUGGUUAAAGAGCCUCCGCCUUCACAAGUAUGCUGCGCUGUUCUCCCAGAUGACCUACGAGGAGAUGAUGGCCCUCACCGAGUGCCAGCUGGAGGCUCAGAAUGUUACCAAAGGUGCAAGGCACAAAAUUGUCAUCAGUAUUCAGAAGCUCAAAGAAAGACAAAACCUCCUGAAGUCUUUGGAAAGGGACAUCAUCGAGGGGGGCAGCCUUCGCAUCCCACUCCAGGAGCUGCACCAGAUGAUCCUGACUCCAAUCAAGGCCUACAGCUCCCCGAGCGCCACCCCCGAGGCUCGCCGCCGGGAGCCCCAGGCCCCACACCCGGCUUCACUCAUGGGCCCCGAGAGCCAGAGCUCCGACUGCAAAGAGAGUGCCACGGCCCCCGGCGCCACAGCCUCCACCUCAGCUGGCGCCAGCGGCGGGCUCCAGCCACACCAUCUGAGCAGCUGUGACGGGGAGCUGGCCGUCGCCCCCCUGCCGGAGGGGGAUCUCCCCGGGCAGUUCACGCGUGUCAUGGGGAAAGUGUGCACACAGCUCUUGGUCUCCAGACCCGAUGAGGAGAAUAUAAGUUCCUAUUUACAGCUCAUAGACAAGUGUCUAAUUCAUGAGGCAUUUACAGAGACGCAGAAAAAAAGAUUGUUGUCAUGGAAACAGCAGGUGCAAAAGCUCUUUCGGUCUUUCCCUCGGAAAACCCUUCUAGACAUAUCAGGAUAUCGACAGCAAAGAAAUCGCGGCUUUGGGCAGUCCAACUCCCUCCCGACGGCCGGCUCUGUGGGCGGCAUGGGCCGGCGGAACCCGCGCCAGUACCAGAUCCCUUCUUGGAACGUCCCUUCCGCCCGCCUGGGCCUCUUGGGCACCAGUGGGUUCGUCAGCUCCACCCAGCGCAACACCACCGCCAACCCCACCAUCAUGAAACAAGGAAGACAGGUUUGUUCUGCACCAGAGGGGGGGGGGGGGCAGGCUCAGCGCCGGAGGCUUCGGGAUGUUUCCCCAGAUGACUCCGAGAACCUCUGGUUUGCCAACCCCGGAGGCAGCAACAGCAUGCCCAGCCGCACCCACAGCUCCGUGCAGAGGACCCGCUCGCUGCCCGUGCACACCUCUCCCCAGAACAUGCUCAUGUUCCAGCAGCCAGAAUUCCAGCUUCCCGUGACUGAACCUGACAUCAACAACAGGCUGGAGUCCUUGUGCCUCAGUAUGACCGAGCACGCCCUGGGAGACGGGGUGGACCGGACCUCCACAAUCUAAAGCUGAAGAUGAGGGAGACCGCGCUGGCCGUGAAAUCGACUGCUGCGGGUCCAGUGUCAGCCAUCGUCGGGCUGCACGGAAUCCUCCAGGAUGCUUUGCAGCCUUACCCUGGUCCCUCUCCCACUUUGAUUUUGUGAGAGCGUAGGUCAUCCUUGUAAACAUAUCAGUAGACCUGG